AUGGCAGACAGGAAAGCUGAGUCACUGCAUUCCUCCAUAGGGCUCUUGGGCAUUUCCGCAGGAUCGCUCGUACUGGCGGUGCAUUUCUACGGCUUCCCCAGAGCCGCCCCUCUGAUCCCCAGCACAGCUCUAGGAGUCCUGCUCUUGAUUUUAUCCUCUCUUCUGGCAUAUGCAGGAAUUCGGAGAAGCCUAAGAAAUGCCUCCCUGUUCUUGUCUCUCUGCCUGACCAUCUCAGCGUUCUGGUGCGGCUAUGGAGUGGUCUUCAUCCUGGGAGGGCAAGGAGUUUUGAACGACACCGGUGAUUUCCGCAAUGCCUUGGUGCCUGGCCUGGUCACAUUUACUUUGGCACUACUCAUUAUUGCAGUGGUGGGCUUCCUUUGCAGAGAGGUCAUCCUCGCUAUGAUUGCUUCUGCUGUCUCACUUGCCAGUGCUCAUGAAGUCGCCAUGCACUAUAGCACAACUUUCGGUUCCUCUGCUGUGGCUUGCAAUUAUAUGAUUGUCUGCUUGGUUGGGGGUUAUUUUGCUCUGGGAAGGAUUCUUUAUUUCCUAACCAAAGAGAAAAUUGCCCUCCCUGGCACAGAUCUGGCCAAGAAAAAGACCCAUGAGCAGAUCCAAUCCACCAGUGUCAACAUGAAUCAUUUUGCAGUCACCGGUCUGAUCCUGAACAUGCUGUCUGCCAGUGUCUUUGGCUGUAGGCUCCUGGGCGUCACUGGCAAAUUAUUUAUUGGUCAGGUGCCCUGGCUGUGGACAGCUGGGGUCUACCAGAUUGGCGUCUGCAUUUUAUCAUACCGUGCAAUGGAUGUACUAAUGGCUACGUUCUUUGGUUUCACUUCCAUCCUGAAAUUUGCUGGAGGCUAUUGCCUUCUGUACCCAGUCUGGCAACUGGAGGAGCCAUCUUUCCCUUCUCCAUUCCUGGUGAUUUUCUCAAUUCUUUUUGCUGUCUUGGCUCUUUUUCUCACCCUUAAGAGCCCAGUGGAUGGCCUGUAUUUGCUGUUUUAUGUGGCUUACUGCAUUGCGUUAGCUUGCCGUCCCAAGGGAUUUUUUGAAGGUGGACCCCAAGGCGUGGCUGUGGCCAUCUUUGUAGCCUCAGCCUUGAUGACUCUAAUUCACCUGUACAAUGUGAAAGCAAAUGCCAAGAUCCCAACAGGGAAGGCUGCUGUGAAGGCUCUACUUGCUCGUAGCAGUUUUCUGAAGCUUCGAGAAGGAGCAGACCUUCACGCUCCCUACCUAGGCUAUUCCAAGUAUGCAGAUGCAGACGUACUCGGCUAUGCAUGCAGUGUCCUGGCUUCUUUUGCCAUAACAAUGACAGGGGACCCACAGGCUCCACUUGCCGCUGUUGUAAUUCCGUGGGUGGUGGUAGCUGGUGGGAUCCUUAAGCUUCUAAGCGGCUCAGUGGCCUUUGCCCGGGGUAAGACCUUGGAGAGCACUGCCUUCAUUCUCUAUGCUGUCAUGUGGAUCAUCUGGGGCUUGACAAGAUAUGGUGGCCUCUAUGGCACUACCAGAAGCUUCCACGCAGCGGUAGGCAUCAUUGCGUUCAUGCUCUUCAACGGCUUCAUUGUCUUCUGCACGCUCUUCUUAAACAUCGCCUGGUUCUUUUACUCCCUCACUUUCUUUCUCAUCGCUAUCAGCUUCUUGCUGGAUGCCAUCCAUGCUCUUCCAGCUGGCUAUGACAUUGCUGCCACUCUCAUCUUUGGUCUGGUCAGCUUUUACUGCUUCCUGUCUGCCCUUCUCAACAGCAUCUUUGAGGGUUCCUGCUUGCCCAUGGGUAGGCCCAUUGUCCAGCUUAGUGGUGUGGGGGGAGGAAUGACCAAGUGCCUUCACCUGCCUGCCAGGAAAGCUUCCUCAGUCAAGAGAAUUGCAGAUAUCCUGAAGAACGGAGGGACUUGCGGCAUCCCCACGGAUACUGUGUAUGUGCUUGUGGCAGCCUGUAAUCGGCCCGAUGCUGUGGAGAAAGCUCACCAGUCCAAGCGCCAGGCUCAGGAUCGCCCCAUGUCACUCUGGAUUUCUAGCCUGAAGCAGCUGGAACCUGCAAAGCAUUUGUUCCCUCCCGUCCUCUGGGACUUCAUGGAGGCUGCCUGGCCAUCCCCCAUUAGCUUGGUGGUUCCCAGAGGUGGAUGGGUGGACUUCCUGGGAAUGAAGGACUCCGCUAAAUACGUCGGCACCCCUCAGAGCAUCGCCAUCCGCAUCCCCGACUGCUCUGUCACCACACACCUCAUCGACUUGGUUGGCCCCAUUGUGGUCACGUCAGCUAACCCAACGGGAGAGGCAGACACAACACACCACAACCAAGUGUAUGCCAAGCUGGGAGACAAGGUGGAUGCAGUCCUUUGUGAUGGCCCUUCUCCAGAGAACAUCGCCUCCACCGUUGUGGACUGCACCAAAAUCGACAGUGGGAACAUAGGAUUCUUCAGAGUCGGCAUCAUCCCCAAGUCUCAGGUGCUGCAGAUACUGGAGCAGGUGCAGAAGAAGCACACGUUGGUUCCUAGCAGUGGCACUUGCCCCACAAAAGGCCAGGAAGAACAUCAGAACCACAGCCAUGCUGUGCACAACGGGGUGGGCAAGGCUGCCGCGGAAGAGACGGCGCUGGUGCAGUCCCCUGAUGACGGCUGCGAGAACCAAACCCGCCUCUGA